AUGCUCUUGACGGGUUCCAUGAAUGAAUCGGGUAGUGAAUCUAUGAGUGAUAAAGGUGAAAGAAGCGAUACAAGUGGGUCUGCUUCUGGAAGUGAAAGUGAAAGUGGCUCGAGUUCUGGGUCAGCAUCUGGCUCUGGUGGAAGAUCAGGGUCAGAAAAAUCUUCCAAUGAAGAUCGAUCACAUCACAGUGAUGACACCAAGUCAUCAUCUAAACAUAGUAACCCUAAUUCCUCCAAAUCUGAUCAUCACACUGACAAAGAAUCGUCAAGCGAGGACACCAUAAAGCCUAAGUCUAGGAGCAGCCAUGGUAAAAUUAAAUCUGACCUCUGGGAAGAUAACCCUGACAUUUACGGUAUUAGAAGAUCUGGACGAUCUAGAAAAGAACCAGAUAGACUGAAAGUAGCAGAUAGUGACUCAAGUGAAAAAGGAAGAAGUCACAAUCGGAAAAGUAGAAAGAAAAGCGAUUCAUGGAAUUCAGACACAUCUGAUAGUGAUAGUGACAUGAAAGGUUCUCCACCUCCUCCUUCAAAAAGACCAGGCCAAAGAAGUGUACCUCUUAGAAAAAGAAAGCCGACAAGGAGAAGAAAGUUUACUAGUGAUGAAGAUGAAACUUCUGAAGCUUCUGAUGAAGAGUCUAGAAGAACAGCGACACGAAGAACUGGUGCAGCUGUUAGUUAUAAAGAGGCAAGUGAUGAACAAACAGAUUCUUCAGAUCUUCUAGAAGUUGAAGGUGGUGAAGCCGAAGCAGAAGGAGAACCUGAGCCAGAAGACCACAGUGAGACUAUAGAAAAGGUUCUUGGACACAGACGAGGGAAGAAAGGAGUCACUGGCAAUGUGACUACGGUUUAUUAUAUAGAAGAGCAUGGAGAUCUUAAUGAGGGUUGUAAUCCAGAAGAUGAAGAGUCAACUGAACCCCAGUACCUGAUUAAGUGGAAAGGAUGGUCUCAUAUACAUAAUACUUGGGAAUCUGAGAAAUCACUCAAUGAACAGAAAGUUAAAGGAUUAAAGAAACUAGAAAAUUACAUAAAAAAAGAAGCCGAGUUGUCAUGGUGGAGACAGAGGGCAGGCCCGGAAGACAUUGAUUACUAUGAAUGCCAAUCAGAAUUGCAGCAAGAACUUGUAAAAACAUACAACAAUGUUGAGAGAAUUAUAGCUGAGCAAACUCGUGAAUUGGAGGGUGGUGGGAGUGCUCGAGAAUAUUAUUGUAAAUGGGAGUCACUCCCAUAUGCAGAUGCUACAUGGGAAGAUUCAGCUUUAAUUGAGAGGCGGUGGCCAGCUGAAGUAGAACAUUUUAAACAUAGAGAAGCUGCUAAAACAACACCAUCUAGACAUUGUCCUGUAUUGAGAAGAAGACCAAAAUUCCAUCAGAUUAAAGAACAACCAGAGUAUAUGGGCAAGGAUCAGACAUAUGAACUACGUGAUUAUCAAAUGGAUGGAUUAAAUUGGCUGAUACAUUCCUGGUGUAAAGAUAACUCUGUUAUUCUUGCUGAUGAAAUGGGUUUAGGUAAAACUAUACAGACUAUAUGCUUUUUGUACUACUUGUUUAAAUCUCAACAACUUUAUGGACCAUUCCUGUGUGUUGUACCAUUAAGUACAAUGACUGCUUGGCAAAGAGAAUUUCAACAGUGGGCACCUGACAUUAAUGUUGUUACUUACAUUGGUGAUGUCAUAAGCAGAGAUAUUAUUAGGCAAUUUGAAUGGAGCUUUUCAAGUUCAAAGAGACUUAAGUUUAAUGCAAUAUUGACAACCUAUGAGAUCUUACUUAAAGACCGCCAGUUUCUAAGGUCUUUUAGCUGGGCUUGCUUAUUAGUAGAUGAAGCCCAUAGAUUAAAAAAUGAUGAUUCUUUAUUGUAUAAAGCCUUGAAAGAGUUUGAAACAAAUCAUAGGUUAUUAGUUACGGGGACUCCACUGCAAAACUCUUUGAAGGAAUUAUGGGCAUUACUCCACUUUAUUAUGCCCUACAAAUUUGAAUCAUGGGAAGAGUUUGAGAAAGAUCAUGAGGAUGCUGCUACAAAAGGAUAUGAAAAACUGCACAAACAGUUAGAGCCCUUUAUACUAAGACGGCAGAAAAAAGAUGUUGAAAAGUCCUUGCCAGCAAAAGUAGAACAAAUAUUAAGGGUGGAAAUGACUUCAAUUCAAAAACAAUAUUACAAAUGGAUCCUUACUAAGAAUUACAGUGCUUUGCGUAAAGGUGUUAAAGGUUCUAUUAACACCUUCAUAAAUAUUGUUAUAGAAUUGAAAAAAUGUUGUAAUCAUGCCCUUUUGACCAAGCCAGAAGAUUUUGAAUCAAGAGCAUCUCUUGCAACCACUGAUGCUGUGGAGAAACUGUUACGUGGAUCUGGAAAGCUGCUGCUGUUAGACAAACUUCUAUGCAGACUAAAAGAAACUGGUCAUAGAGUGCUCAUUUUCUCUCAAAUGGUCAGAAUGUUAGAUAUUUUGGCUGAGUACUUACAAAGAAGGCAUUUCCCGUUUCAACGUCUUGAUGGAAGUAUAAAAGGAGAAAUCAGGAAACAGGCCCUUGACCAUUUCAAUGCAGAAGGUUCUCAAGAUUUCUGCUUCUUACUGUCAACACGUGCUGGAGGCUUGGGUAUAAAUUUGGCUACAGCUGAUACAGUCAUUAUUUUUGAUUCUGAUUGGAAUCCUCAAAAUGAUCUUCAAGCUCAAGCACGUGCCCACCGUAUUGGUCAAAAAAAUCAGGUCAAUAUUUAUAGAUUAGUUACUGCCCGUUCUGUAGAAGAAGAUAUAGUUGAAAGAGCCAAAAGAAAAAUGGUUUUGGAUCAUCUUGUGAUACAAAGGAUGGAUACAACUGGUAGGACAGUACUUAAUAAACGCGAUGCAUCUGGAACAACUGCAAAUACCCCAUUCAAUAAAGAGGACUUGAAUGCUAUAUUGAAAUUUGGUGCAGAAGAGUUGUUUAAAGAUGAUGAUGAAAAUGAUGAAGAUCCUGUUUGUGAUAUUGAUGAAAUUUUACAAAGAGCUGAAACUCGUGAUGAAGGACCAACUAUGGCAGGGGAUGAGUUGCUCUCAGCUUUUAAAGUAGCUAGUUUUGCAUUUGACGAAGAAAAAGCUGUGAUGGAGGUGAAAAAGGACAAUACUGAAGAGGAAAGUAAAGAUUGGGAUGAUAUCAUACCAGAAAAUGUCAGAAAAAAUAUUGCAGAACAAGAAAAGACUAAAGAAAUGGAAGACUUAUAUUUACCUCCAAGAAGAAAAAAUAUGCAAACAAAUAAUGCUGACAAUGAUGGUAGGAAGCGACGUAGUAGAGGGUCUGGGGAAGGGGGGGAUGGUGAAGGUGAUAUUGACAGCGAUGCCUCUGAAGCUGAAGCCAGUGCCGAUGAUGACCGACCGCGUAAGAGGGGCCGGCCCCCCGCUUCACACAGAGAAAAAAUUAAGGGCUUUACAGAUCAAGAGAUACGAAGAUUUGUUAAAAGCUACAAGAAGUUUUCUGCACCAUUAAAGCACCUUGACAGCAUAGCUUGUGAUGCUGAACUUCAAGAGAAACCCUUAGCUGACCUGAAAAAGCUUGGUGAGAUACUGCAAGAGAGGUGUAAAGCUGUACUCAAUGAUACUACAGAGACUAAUAAUGAACAAAGUAAUGGACGAAAAAAUGCUAGAAAAACCUUUAAACUUGGAGGUGUUCCUGUUAAUGCCAAGACUAUGGCUGCUUGCCAGGAUGAAUUGGCUCCUCUAGAUGGAUUCUUGCCAGAAAAGAAAGAAGAUAGGUUAAAAUGGCAAUUAGACUUCAGGACGAGGCCAGCAAAUUUUGAUGUUGAGUGGGGUGUUGGAGAUGAUUCAAAGCUCCUUGCUGGUAUAUACCAGUAUGGUAUGGGUUCAUGGGAGGCUAUCAAAAUGGAUUCAUCUUUUGAAAUAGGUGAUAAAAUCCUAACUAAUGAGGACAAAAAACCUCAAGCUAAACAUCUACAGUCUAGGGCAGAAUAUCUGCUUAAAUUAAUAAAGAAAUUACUUGAUCAAAAAAAUGGAAAACAAAAGCAAAGAAAACCCAGAAUGAAGAAAGGUAAUAAGGAACCACCUGUAACUAAGGAUAUUGUUGAUGAAGAUGGUAGUUCUGGAGAGGAGAAUAAGAAAAACAAUAAAAUGAAAAAUGAUAAAUCUGAAAAGGUUAAAUCAAAAUUAGAAGAAAUUUCAACACAUGAUGAAACUUCAAAUGAUAAGAAAGAAAAAGAUAAGAAACGCACAAAGAAAGAAGGGAAAGAUCAAACAAAAGGUGACAAAGUCAAAGGUCGGAAGAAGCCAGCAGGACCUAUGCAUUUCACUGCAAAUAAUGAGCCAAGGGCUUUAGAUGUAUUAGGUGAUCUUCAUCCAUCAGUAUUUGAAGAGUGUAAAGAGAAAAUGAGGCCUGUAAAAAAGGCUUUACGCGCUCUUGAUAAUCCAGAUCAAACUUUGUCUGAAUCAGAACAAGUCUCAAGAACAAGAUCUUGCCUUUCACAAAUAGGGAACCAAAUUGAUAUUUGUUUAGAAGCGUUAUACAAAUAUGGUCUCAAGAAAACUGUAGAUGGGUCUAAAAAAGAUGGAAAACAUAAAGAAAACUUAAAGAGUGCUAAAAAUAAUCUUAAUUCAAAUAACCACAUAAGCAAAUCAUUUAAAAAGGAAGCUAAGCAGCAGGAGGACACAAAUAACAGAAAAGAAAAAAGGCCUAAAAUGGAUAAGGCAGAAAAAUCAAAUGACAAAAGUCCACAUUCAUCUGGUAUAAAGAGAAAGCUGGAAGAGGGUGAAUGUGAUCCAGAACCAACUGAAAACAAACGGCAUGAAAGACAUAAAACAAAGGAUCGCAAGCGUAGAGAUAGCAGCGUGAAGCGGGACGAUUUGAUGUGCAGAGAUCGGGGACGGUCGGAGCGCGAGAGAGACCGGGACCGUGAGCGGGACCGGGAGCGUGACAGGGAGCGGGAUCGGGACAGGGAUCGGGAGAGGGACCGGGAACGUGACCGCGACAGGGAACGUUCGCGUACUCGCCGCGACAGUGGAGGGAUGGGCCCCGCACGAGUGCGUCCACCCUACUCGUUAUCGCAUCCGCACCCAGAUCAUCAGUUACAUCCCGCAUGGACGCCUCCCGCUUAUCCCGGACCGCGCCAGUAUCGCGGCGAUCGAAACUCGAGACCACACGACAAAAGGAGCAGGUUUAGUGGUGGUUAUACUGGGAUGAGUGGCCCAUACAGUGGAUACUACGAGGGUAGUGCCAUGCCCAGUGGAAUGGGAUUCCCUCCAGUGCGGCCCUAUCCAGACGAUUGGCGAAGUUUCCCGCAACCUGAAUAUGCGUACGACGAGCGAGACUACGAACGAGAGGUUUAUAGGAGGGACUAUGACCGACGUGCUCCUCCCACU